AUGUUCGCUCCAACGAACCGUCUGCUUGCUGCCUUGCCCAUCAGCGUGGCCGAGUUUCGCGAGUCUCUAGCUUCGAUAUGGCUUCCUCGCGUCCGCGUCCGGAGCCCGCGUCUGGGCCUGGCCGUCAGUGGAGGCGUCGACUCCAUGGCCCUCGCCACGCUGUGUGCCGAUCUCUCCGGGGAAAUCAACGAUGACGACGACACCGAUGUCUUCACAGCCUUCAUCGUCGACCAUCAACUGCGCAAGGGCAGCCACGAGGAAGCUCUGGAGGUCCGGGAGAACCUCUACAAGCUGGGAAUUGCCUCCGAGGUUCUGCAGAUGCAAUGGCCGGAAGACACAGAUACGAAGCACCUCACCAACAUGGAGACUCUCGCAAGGCGGUCCAGAUUCCGCCUGCUCGGCCAAGCUUGUCGUGAUCACGGGAUCGAGUCCCUCCUCCUUGCCCACCACAGUGAUGACCAGGCAGAAACCGUGAUGAUGAGGCUCAUCGAGGGCCACCGAGGCAUGGGUCUGCGCGGCAUGCGAGCCGCCGCCGAUAUUCCAGAGUGCUUUGGCAUGCAUGGCGUCCAUCAAAGCCACGCCGAAUGGGUGACAAACGACGACCCUGAACCAUCGCGCGGCGUGGGCUUUGAGUACUGGGGUGUUCAGGUGCUACGGCCUCUGCUCCUGUUCGGUAAAGACAGGCUGAUGGCUACGUGCAAAGCUUCAGGCACCCCGUGGGUCGAAGAUGAAACGAACAAGGACCCGACCUUGACCAGGCGCAAUGCCGUCAGGCAUGUCUAUCAAAACCACCGCCUGCCCGCAGCCAUCAGCAAGCCGGCUCUGCUGCAGCUGACGCAGCGCACAGCGGACAAAGUCCAGAGACGCGAGGAAGAGGUCGACAACCUCGUGCAGAAGCUCGAUUCUGUGCUGGACCUUCGCUCCGGCGAGCUCGCCAUCCGCUUCUCGCGCUAUUUCUGGCCACCCAACAUCGCCCCUGCCCAGCGAGCCUACACUGACAAUGGCUACUUCGAGCCCAACUUCGAGGCGUUCGAUACCAACGAGGGCAUUGCCGUCGCCGCUAUGCUGAUCCGACGGCUGGCCAACCUCGUCUCGCCGCGCGAGACCGUCGACCUCUCCUCGCUCGACACGCCGGUGCGCCACUUGUUCCCGCGACUCUUCCUCGACAGUCCCUUGGACUACGUAUCCGGCAGCGUGCCCUCUUCCUUCACCGCCGCCGGCGUGUCCUUCGAGCGCGUCCAGACCGCCAACGACAUCUGGCCCUACUACACCUGGAUGCUGAGUCGGCAGCCCUACAAACGCGGCGAGGAGCCCACCAUGGUCAUCCCGCCAAAGAGCCCCUCUCCAUCAUCAGCCCCAAACAUUGACCGCACCACCACAGACGACGACGACCACGACGACGACCACGACAACAUCCCCUUCCUUCCCGAGGAAGAAGAAGUAGAAGAAGAAGAAGUAACCGCCGCCACCGCACACGACCCAACCCCCCCACCCCAGGAGCUCCAACACCAAGAACCCCCCUUCACCCUCUACGACGGCCGCUGGUGGCUGCGCGUCCGCAACCCGUCGCCGGCGCACGCCCUCGCCGUCCGCCCCUUCCGCCGCGCCGACCUCAAGCCCCUGCGCGCCGCCCUCGCCGGCCGCAUGCGCGCCCGCUUCGAGUCGCUCCGCGCCGACGCCGCCCGCAGCAAGGGCCGCUUCGUCCUGCCCGUCAUCGUCGCCCCGGCCGCUUCCGUCUCCUCCUCCGUCGAGACGGAAAUCGAGGAUGAGGACCUGCACGACGGCGGCGCCGCGAUGGAGGAGGAGGAGGGCGACGAGGGAGAAGACGAGGGAGAAGACGAUGCAGCGACCGCAGCCGCGCACGGAGAAGACACGGCACCGGCACCGGCACCGGCACCGGCACCGGCACCGGCACCAGCGGCAGACGUCCAGCACCCCGGCAGGAACGACGGCGACGACGACGACGUUGUCAUCGCCGUGCCCACCUUCGGCGUCAAGGUCAACGUCGGCCCCGCGGCGCGCGCGUGGCGCGGGCUGCGGUGGGAGGUGCGCUACAAGAAGCUGGACGCGAGCGUCAAGGUCAGGGACGCGUGGGAGGGAGAGGGCUUCCUGUUGGACGAUGGUGAUGGUGAUGAUGCUGACGAUGAUCAUGUGCCGUUCGUGGUUGGGGAGCAGACGUGGCGGCAGCAGCCGAGGUAG